UCAGCUGGAGGCAGCAAUAAACAGGACAAAUCUGCAUCAGAGAAAUUAGAGGGGAGGAGGAAGAAAAAAAAGCUGCAGAUGUUAUGAUCUGAAAACAUCAGUGUAACAUUUUUACACGAAGACCUUCUUCUGAGAAGAAAGCCUUUUAUUUUUGUAUUGUGGUGUUUUAACUACCUCACAUAAAGGCUAUCUAAAGCUAUGCUUUAAGAGUUGUAGUUUCUACUGUGUGUGUGAUCUCGUUUACAACCUGAAUAACCCCUUCAAAGGCAGGCCUUUGUUCCAAACCAAGUGAAACCUUACAUUUGCACUACAGAAGCCUAGCGAGUCCUGUUCGUCACACCCAAGAUCAAGCAAGAGGGUUCAAGUGGAAACAAGGAGCUCAGAAAAGCCGGCGAAGCAUUAAACAACGAAUACAUUGAAGAAAAAAAAAAUCAAAAAGGCAGCUAUAGCUUUUUCUUUGUGAACUUAACAUCAGUAAGCAGCUAUGUUUCAGCGUAUUAGCAACCUGUUGUUUGGGGAGGUGGAAGAGGUGGCAGCUGAGCUGAAGGGACCCAAUCCAUGUGUGACGGAGGCCGACGAGGAGGGAUGGAUGCUCGUCAACCUGCCUGAAGAAGCUGACGGCAUUGUGCAAGCGGAAGAUGAGACGGGAACUUCAUUCCCAGACAGUAACUUAUCAGAUCACCGAAACACACGCACAAGGACUGAAUGCCUCGGUCCCACUCCUCACCCACCUCACAAACGUCGCAGGACACAUAAAGGUCGGGCAAGGGGUGCGGUGGCAUCCUCUGAUCCUCAGUCUUGCCCCAGCACUAGCCCAUUACACUUAGGUGCUACUACACCCGUGACCCUGCCAAGACGGGCUAGACUGUCCACAACCUCUUCCACCCCGUCAAUGUCCCCAGGCUCUGGCAGUGAGUGUGAGGGCAGAGGGGCUACCCGUAGGGCAGGCUCAGUGAGGGGCUGCAUGGAUGAGAGCUGGUUUGUCACCCCUCCCCCCUGUUUCACUGCAGAGGGAGCCACAGCAGAGGCCAGCCCCAUGGAAGACCUUCUCAUAGAGCACCCUAGCAUGUCUGUGUACGUCUCUCCGAGCAACCUGUCCAUGGUCUCCAAUAGCAACCUGUCCGUGGUGGGAGAGGAAAGCAUUGUUAGUCUGGCAAGCAGUGUGAGCCGAGUGACUGAAGCAGCUGCUCCCCCGGCGACCCGCAGCUCCAUGCCCACCAGGGUGAGCCGUGGAGCUGCUGCCCAGGCUGGAGCUCUGGCCAAGGUCACUCAGGUGACCAGGAUCCAGCGCUGCAAAGCCCGCAUGGAGCGACGCCAUCUCAGCCGCAACCACAUCCAACGCCAAAACCGUACGAGGGAGCAGGUCCCUCGCCGCGCAGCCCAUGCCAGAAACACCUUGCUUCACCAGCCCACCAAGCGUAACGUCUGUCACUAAACUCCCCAGCAACCAGGGAGCAUUGUUUACUCCGAGGGCAUUAGUAUUGCGUAGUCAACUCAAAACAAUGACAUCAUCAAAUAUGGUCACCAACAACACAUCUGCUUUAAUUACUGCAUAUUAUAUCAUAUUUCACCCGUAUAGGUGAAUGUCUUUUUCUUUUAACAAAAACUAAAUGAAGCUGUUAAUUGACGCCUCAUUCUGCUGUUAUGAAGCAAAUGCUUGUAGUAGAUCAGUGUAGACUUAUAUAAUGGCCAACUUAUUAUCCAUUGCAGUAUCAAAAAAACAAACAAAAAAAGUCUCCAUUAAAUUCCCUGAAGUGAUAUGUAGUUUUAGCAAUGCCUGAAAAACAACAAAAAGUUUAAUGAUACUAAUUUUCACUCAUGUUCAUGGCAUGUUAUUUUCAAACUCAUUCAAGCAUUAAACUUCUAUGUGUUCAUUUUUAAAGAUAAUGACAAAUAACUU